UUUAAUUCUUCGCGAAGCUCAAACACUUCUUACUUCUUAGAUUCUAAAGCGCAGGAAGAAGAACAGCCCCGGACGCCAUCAUUGCUGGAUGGAAUUUUGACAUGUCCAGCUUAAUGCCUAUCCAACCCACGAGAGGAUCUCUUGAUGAACAAGAAGUGGUCUAAGACUGAAUCGGACUAAACUCGGUGAGUCGACAAUGCUUGCUCUUCUCUCUUCAAGACAGGUUCUCUCAAACAAAAGUCGGAGGUCCCAACUGGGUUUUUUCCAGAAAAAUGCUUUCUUUAUUCUUAAAUCAUUCACAUCGAUAGGAUUAUAUGAAUCUAAAGAAAAACAAGAAGAAGAAGAACAUUCUUUUACAGUGUCUUACCUCAUGAACUCAUGUGGGUUGUCCCCAAAAUCUGCUAUUUUAGCAUCCCAGAGGAUGGACUUUGAGAACCCAGAGAGACCGGACUCGGUGCUUAAUCUUCUCAAAGAGAAUGGAUUCACCAAUACCCAGAUCUCCAAACUCGUCAGGAUAAAUCCGCUGUUGCUUUUAUCUGAUCCCGAGAAGACCCUUUUGCCCAAGAUUGAGUUUUUCCUUUCUGUGGGGGUUUCGAGCUCUGACCUCCCUGGGAUCCUUUCUUCAAACCCAUCUUUGUUCGCAAGAAGCUUAAAGAAACACCUAAUCCCCUGCUAUGAUUUCCUCAAGAGUGUGCUUCUUGUCGAGGAGAAGGUCCUUACAACUUUGAAGCGCUCACCACGGGCUUUUCUAUAUAAUGUGACAAAUAAUAUGGCUCCUAACAUUGCACUUUUGAGACAACUUGGAGUGCCUCAAUCUGCCAUUUCUUUCUUGGUUAGUAAUUAUCCUUCUGAAGCGUUCACUACGCAUACUAGGUUUGUUGAGGCUGUCGAUGAGGUUAUGGAAAUGGGAUUCGAUCCCUUGAAAACGGUGUUUGUCCUGGCAAUCCAAGUGUUAUUGAAGAUGAGUAAACCAAAGUUGGAGUCAAAGUUGGAGCUUUAUAAGAGGUGGGGUUGGUCGAAGGACAUGGCCCUCUCAGCAUUUAAAAGGCAUCCAAAUUGUAUGCUUUUAUCGGAAGAGAAGAUCACGAAAGCAAUGGACUUCCUUGUGAACAAGAUGGGUUGGCCAUCUGCUAAUAUUGCUAUUAAUCCUGCAGUUCUAUUUUUCAGCUUGGAGAAGAGGAUAAUGCCUAGGUUUUCAGUUAUUCAGAUUUUACAAGCGAAGGGUUUGGUCAAGAAUGAUUUGUCCUCAGGAUCUUUCAUACUACCUAGUGAGAGGUACUUUGUGGAGAAGUUUUUGAUCAAAUUUCAGGAUGAUGUUCCUGAACUGUUGAAUGUGUAUCAGGGUAAGAUGGAUCUUGUGGAGGUUGGAAGUCAAUCUGAGAAUUUGUGUGGUGCUAAACAGUUGUAACAUUUUGACUUCCAACUUAAGGUAUGUGGCGAUAUGCUGUGCUUGAAAAUUACAUGAAUAUCUUUUACAUAUACACAUAACUUUCACGUGGUCACCAAACAGAACAAAGAUAAGAGGCAUCUUUUCCAUGAUGUGAACAGGUGAUGAAAUGUCCAAAGACGAAAGCGAUUUAGAAUUGAUCGGAAAGAUUUCUGGUAAGAGAUAAUGUUGAGUUUCAAAAGAAUUCAUUGUGAUUCUUUAAUAGGGAAUAUAUUGUGGUUACUAGUUA